AUGGGGGUAAGGAAUGUUUCUCAGACUCAGCAACUUUGCAAUUUAUGUGGUGGUGACCAUAUCAAUGGUCAAUGUGCUUUCCCUGAGGAGUUGCAGCAGGAUGUUAACUACAUGGGAGCCCAGUUUCAGUUCAAGCAACGUGCUUUCAACCAAGGCAGUUCUAGCCAAGGUUGGAAGAACCACCCCAAUGUAGGGCAAAAUCAGAAUAAUUCUUCUGGACCUGUAGGAGGCUUUCGGCAGCAACAAUCAUCACCUUUAUGGCAGCAAGCCAGGUUCAGAUCAUUGGAGUCGCAGAUUGGCCAGCUGUCUAAAAGGAUAGAAACCACUGAGAAGAAUCAGUUUAGGGCUAAUACUGAUGUUAACCCUAAGGAUGAGUGCAAAGCUAUUCUGACAAGCCAUAAAAGGAAGGCAGAAGGGGAACCAAUUGAUUUUGAAAGCAAUGAAAAAGGAGAUGAGGAGAUGAUGAGUCCUAAUGAAGUCAAUGAGAAAGGAAGCAGUGAAGAUGAAAUUGAACUCACUGAUGAAGAAGAGGAUCCUGAAGAAGACGUUAUUGAGCCAGAGGAGGAAGAGGAAGUUGAAUUCACUGAAGAAGAAGAAAAAGAAGAGUUUGUAGUUCAACCUCAAAAGAUGAAGCAUCCAUCUAUGGUAGAAGAUCCAGGAUGUUUAACAAUCUCAUGUGUUCUGAAUGAGUGUGAUGUAGGGGAAGCCAUGAUAGAUUCUGGAGCUAGCAUUAGUAUGUUACCCAAGCAUUUCUUAACAAAUUUCAGAGGACUAGUGCUGAAACCAUCUAGGGUUAUUGUGAUGGUAGCAGAUGGAUCCAUGGCAAAACCACUUGGUAUGGUGGAGGAUGUUAUUGUGCGAGUAGAGCAGCUUGAGUUCUUAGUUGAUUUUAUUGUCAUGGACGUGGAAAAUGAUGAAGAGAUUCCUGUGAUUUUUGGAAGACCUUCCAUGGCAACGCCCAAGAUGCUUAUUAGUGUUCAUGAUAAAAGGAUAAUGAUGAGAGAUGAGGAAUAUUUGCUUCUCUAUACUGGUUAUGAGGAGGAAGAGCUCGGAGUAAUAAGGAGAGUCGGACAUAAGAAGCCUGAGAGAGAAGUUGCAUCUGAAGAUAGCACAUCAGGUAUUGCUUAUACUGACAGCUGUAAUAUUUUGCAGGUACCUGUGCAUCAAAAAGGAAGAUUCAUCGAUCCUGAACUAAAGGAAGACCCCUUCCAACCAGGCAUUAAAGUGAAAUAUAAGAAGAGGGAGUGGGUAUUAAAAGAGUUAAAGGAGAAAGGGAUGGUAGAGAUUGAGACAUCAAGCAGUGGACAUAUCAAGCAAGUGGAUAAAAGAAAGCUGAGAAUCCGGUGUACUGGAGACACCAACAAGAAGGAUAACACGUGA